UGCAGCAAUCUUCUGCUGAUUUAGAAGUGGGCCAGUGAAUGAUCCGGCCCAAUUGAUGAGGGCAUGAAAAACCCUAAAAAACCUGAAAUUGAAUUCUGAAGAGGCGCUUGAGAUUCUGAAACAUUCUGAAAGAGGAAUCAUACGAACACAAUGGCUUACGCUUCAGUAAAGCCCACUAAACCCGGUUUGGAGGACACUGAGGAACAGAUCCAUAAGAUCAGGAUCACCCUCUCCUCUAAGAACGUCAAGAAUCUCGAAAAGGUUUGUGCCGACCUGGUUCGUGGUGCCAGGGACAAGCGCCUAAGGGUCAAGGGACCUGUUAGGAUGCCAACCAAAGUUCUUCACAUCACCACCAGAAAAUCCCCGUGCGGUGAAGGCACCAACACAUGGGACAGAUUUGAACUGCGUGUGCACAAGAGAGUCAUUGACCUCUACAGUUCCCCAGAUGUGGUCAAGCAGAUUACCUCAAUCACGAUUGAACCUGGUGUAGAGGUCGAGGUGACCAUUGCCGAUGCUUGAUUUUGGCCCAAUUUUUUUCCUUUGCUAAGUUAUUUUGUAAUUUAUCCCCUUGGGUAGAAGUAUGUUGAGUCCUAUUCAUUUGGGUUAAUGCAUUUUUGGCGAUCAAAUUUUUGAAGUUGGAUUGUGGAGGGGGAAUUGAUUUGAUCGAUUAUCUUUACGUUCCGAAAUAUUCUCUGUUAAAUAUCUUUGCUUCAGAUAAAAUCUGGUGUGAUAAA